AAUACGUUCUAUUCUACUUUUAAUAUAUACUGCUCAGUGACAAGGAUCCCAGGUUGUGUUGUGGUGUCAAGUAUUGUUUGGCUCAUUUUUCUCCCUUUAUCUUUGAAAUUGCAGGCUCUAUUGCAGAUGCAGGACAUUCCAUCUGCCAUCAAUUUGAUGCAGUACUAUACUACAGUGCAGCCAAGCGUGCGGGGAAGGAAUGUGUACAUGCAGUUCUCGUCUCAUCCGGAAUUAACCACACCUGAUCAAAGCGGACAAACGAGGCGGUUACCUGCAGAGCAGGAACUGCUGCCCAAUCGAAUUCUUUUAAUUACCAUACACAACCCGCUCUAUCCUAUCACCGUGGAUGUGCUGCACCAAGUGUUUUCCCCCCAUGGCUUUGUCGAGAAGAUCGUCACCUUCACAAAGUCAGCUGGCCUUCAAGCUUUGCUGCAAUAUGCUUCGCAGAGCAGUGCAGUCCAAGCCAGGUCGACUUUGCAAGGGCGCAAUAUCUACGAUGGAUGCUGUACGCUGGAUAUCCAAUAUUCUAAUCUGCAGGAGCUGCAGGUGAACUAUAACAAUGAACGGACGAGGGAUUUUACCAAUGCAGCUUUGCCAUCGGAGCAGUCUCGACCAGGGAAUCCUGGGAAUAAUAUCAUGUCUUCACUCUUUGGAGAGGGCGGGCAUGUGUACAGCAUGGGGGCAGGAGGGCCAAGGCCUGGAGGAUUUCAGCAGUCAGGAGGUCAUCCGGCACUAGGGAUGAAUUCAUACGGCCAGGUUGCCAUGGGAGGUGCAUCUGCGGCUGCUGCAGCGUUCGGUGGUGUGCUUCCUCCGGGUAUCACAGGCACGAACGAUAGAAGCACCUUGCUCGUUUCGAACCUUGUGCCAGAGAAAAUUGAUGCUGAUAGACUCUUCAACCUGUUUUCGAACUACGGGAACAUUGUGCGCAUCAAGAUUCUUCAUAAUAAGCCAGACCACGCUCUGAUUCAGAUGGGAGAUGGAUUUCAAGCAGAGCUGGCUUUCAACUAUCUAAAGGGCGUGACACUGUUCGGAAAGCGCAUGGAUGUCAACUUCUCGAAGCACGCGCAGAUCAACCCGUCACCAGACACUAGCGAUUUCUCAUCGUCUCCUUUGAAUCGGUUUAAUCGGAAUGCUGCGAAGAACUACCGGUACUGCUGUGCCCCAACGAAGAUGAUUCAUGUGUCGAGCCUGCCAGCGGAUAUUGCUUUGGAAGACAUCACGAGUCACCUGUCUGCGCACGGGACGGUCGCAAACGCGAAGGUAUUUGAGUCGAAUGGGAAGAAGCAGGCUUUAAUGCUGUUUGAGAGUGAGGAACAGGCGACAGAGGCGCUUGUGUGCAAACAUGCGAGCCAACUGCAGAGCAACACCAUCCGGCUUGCAUUUUCAAAGCUGGCCUCCGUGUAGUUGUAAUUUAGCAUAGCUGUUAGGUGGAUAGGCAUCGUAGAGCUUUGGGCACAAUUUUGUAGUUUGGAAGAGUAUCUGCGAAAUCGGUUGCUUAUCAUUGUAAUUGAAUGGCAUAUACUGUAAUGACCUAUUGGAUGCGAAUAGGAAUGAGCAACAGGAGAUAGUUCUUCCGUCUUCCGUGCCGGCGGAGACAGUUGUGUCGAUAUAUAAUCAUCCCACCUGCCUUCGCUGUUGUGGUUACUGUUUUCGAAACUUCUUCUUCUUUAGUUUUAUGCAGUUUUUGUUUGCAAUUUCAUGGCGGUCUUAUUUAAGUCGCACUGAUUAUUUGCAUCA